UUCCGGUAGCGGCUCGCCAGGCCAGCGGAAGUGAAAGUAACAGGUUUCCGGUGGAGCUUCACUCUAUGGUCUGCAUUUAGACCUUCGUUAUUGUUUACUAUGGAAUAAAACAUAUCUGCACUGUUCGUGUGGUGAAAUUAACCGACGUUCGGGUCGUUAUAUAGAAUAUUUGGUCCAAAUCUCGACAAAAUGCAUCGCAGAGGUGUUGGUGCUGGGGCGAUAGCUAAAAAGAAGCUAGCAGAGGCCAAAUACAAAGAAAGAGGAACUGUACUUGCAGAGGACCAGAUAGUUCAGAUGUCAAAACAGUUGGAAACGUUCAAAUCCAACCUGGAGGAGUUUGCCAGCAAGCACAAACAAGAGAUCCGUAAGAACCCCCAGUUCAGGGUCCAGUUUCAGGAGAUGUGUGCCACCAUUGGCGUUGACCCGCUAGCUUCUGGUAAAGGCUUUUGGUCCGAGAUGCUCGGUGUGGGAGAUUUCUACUACGAGCUGGGCGUACAGAUCAUCGAAGUGUGUCUCGCCCUGAAACACAGAAACGGAGGACUCAUUACUCUGGACGAGCUCCACCAGAGGGUGCUGAAGGGUCGGGGUAAAUAUGCUCAGGACGUGAGCCAAGACGACUUGGUCAGAGCCAUAAAGAAACUGAAGGUGAUGGGAAACGGUUUUGGGAUGAUUCCAGUUGGCGGCUCUUACCUAGUCCAGUCAGUCCCAGCAGAACUGAACAUGGAUCACACUGUCGUUUUACAGCUUGCGGAGAAAAAAGGAUACGUCACUGUAAGCGAGAUCAAAGGCAGCCUGAAAUGGGAGAAGGAACGGGCGUGUCACGUGCUGGAUCAUCUGCUGAAAGAAGGCUUGGCCUGGCUGGACUCUCAAGCAGCCGGGGAGGCUCAGUACUGGCUGCCAGCGCUCUUCUCCGAGCUGACCUCUCGUGAUGUCACGCCCGAGGAGGCCAAUCAGAUGACGCCUUAAGGAGAUUUGUGGGUGGAUUGUUAUAUUGUGACUGGUGGAGGCGUUCCCUGACGUGCUGCUAGAAAGGGCGGGUUCUCCGCCUGGAGCUGACGGACGGACGGACGGACGGACGGACGUCACGUCGAGCAUCAGACUCGAGAAGGCGUCGGUUUUUCCCUUUCACGGAUACAGAAGUAUUCACACACCUUGAACCUUCUCGCAUUUGUGACAUUACAGUCGGUGUAUUUUAUAGGAACUCUACAUGAAGGGGAAGAAAGAUUGUACGUGCUUUUUUUUUUUUUUUACAAAUAAAAAUCUAAAAAAAUGUGCUGUGUUUAGUAUUUAGCCCCCCUGGCUCAACACUAAGAGCUGUAAUUACACCUGCAGCUCUGAGGAGAAUAAGAUUUUUGCCAGUUUUCUUGCCUCAAGCUCUGUCAGAUGGGACGGAGGGUAUCUCUGAAAAACAAUUUCAAAAUCCCAAUUUCAACAUUCUCAAUUGGAUUGAUUUCUGGACUUUAACUGGACCGGUCUAGCACAUGACUAUGCUUUCAUCUAAACCAGGAAAGAGCCGUUGUUGUACUUUAAGACUUGCCUACAGCUGCAAAACCUACAUCCAUCUUUAACACGUUAAUGAAACAUGGAGAAAUAAUUAAAUUUAAAUGACUAAAUAAUGCACACCAUCUCCAGCAUUAUUAUAGCUCCAUCCUUUUUCCCCAUUAACCUGCUCUCUCCCCAUAGCAUGACGCCGCCAUCACCAUGUUUCACCUUCUGGGUGUUCAGGAAGCGGUGAGACGAUGUGGAAAAGUUCAAGGGAAGGGGUGUGAAUACUUUUUCUUCACGUGAUUGAAUGGGAAAUUCAGUGUAAUCUUGGUGGAGGGUUUUUUUUUUUUUUAAUGACUGGAUAAUUUCUCUGUGUGCUAAACAUGUAAAUGUUAAAAAUUUCUUGUAUAAAAAAAAUCUUUUUAAAGAAAAAAGGUUUACACCAGAUUUGUUGUACGUGCUUUUAUUACGCAGCAAAACCAGCAGAAAGUAUUAACAGUGAUGCACACUUCUCAUCGGUUACCCUCAUUCUCACCCAGGAUACGCUUGAAAUUCAUCAGAUAAUAUUAAAUAGGCUCUGAUCUCAGUAUGGCAGACCAGGAUUUAUGUUAUAAUGUGAAAGGUGCAAAGCUUUGGUAAAUAUAAUAACCUCUAAAUGCUGUUUAAACCCUAAUCGUUUGCUGUAACAGCCCUGCUCCCAAAGAGUCCCCACAGGUUUUUCAGCUUGAAACUUUUUAAGGCUUUUUUUAAAAAAAAAAAAAAGAUUUUUGGUUGGUUGGAUUUUCUAAAUUGUAUUUUUUGUGUAAGAGAAAGCUCAAACAAAAGCACUUGAGGUUCUCAAUGACUCUACUGAAUAAUGACAAUCAUACUAACUGAUACAUUUCAGCGAUAAUUAAGACCAAACAAAGUAAAUUUGGUCAAAUUCUCUGCAAAUUUCAGAAACCCAACUCAUUUUUAGUCACUUCCAACAAUUAAACAGUUUUUAUGCCGAUUGUACUUAUUAUUGAACGCAAUGUGUUCAUUUUAUGGAUGUUUACUGAAUAUUUCCAAUCACUUUUUAUAUAUAAAAAAACAGUACAAUAAUAUCAACUAAUAUAACAAGCUAAUUUACUUGAUUAUUUUGAAAUUUUAACAGAUUUUGUUCAUUUUUAAAACAAGUAGAACGAAAUACAGUUAUCACAUAGUUGGUUUAAUCAGUUUUUUUUUUUUUUACUGCUUUGACAUCCUGUUUUAUGGGACUGUUGUACAUUGCUGACAAUGACUUCAAAACAAAAACAGUAAGUUACUAU